AUGGCAGGACGUGGAGAUGGUGCCGCUGUUUCGGUGGAGGAAUUUCAGGAGUUGCGUACACAAAUGAAUGAUUUGAUGCAGCAGCUCCAAACUCUCCAAUUGAACAUACCACGUCGAGAACCGCCACCAAAUGAGGAUGAUGAUAUUGACGAGGAGGAUGAGCCACCGCGUCAUCCCGCUGGUCGUGGACGUGGCGGGCGUGGUCAUGGUCUUCUUAAUUUUGGUCGUGCUCGGCGCAUUCCUGUUCGAGGUGGACGAGAUUAUGAUGGUGAUGAUGAUAUGUUGUCUGACAUGGAUGAUCAUCGCCAUGGUGGCCAUCGUGGUUAUCGUGACCGCCACCGUCGCCUUGAUGAUGAUGGUUUAAGCAAAGUGAAAGUGUCUAUUCCAAAAUUUAAUGGAAAAGAAAGUGCUGAUGAUUAUUUUGAGUGGGAGACUAAGGUUGAACAGAUCUUUGAUUUGUAUCCUUAUCCUCUUGUCAAGAAAGCAAUGCUUGCUGCAAUUGAGUUUUCAGGCUAUGCAAUCACUUGGUGGAAUCAAGUGUGUACUAAACUCCGACGCGCUGGACAUGAUCGUAUUACUUGGGAAGACAUGAAGAGGGAAAUGCGACGUCGUUUUGUUCCUGCAUAUUACUCUCGUGAUCUACAUUUGAAGCUAAAACGUCUUGUGCAAGGUACUCGUACUGUUGAUGAAUAUUUUCAAGAAUUGGAAAUGUGUUUACUUCGUACAGAGAUAACUGAAGAUGAGGAAUCCACAAUGGCUCGAUUUCUGGUUGGCCUCAAUAAGCCCAUUGCUGAUAAAGUGGAUAUGACAAACUACACAUGUCUCACUGAGUUGGUACAUUUUGCAAAAAGGGCAGAACGACAACUUGCUGGAUCUUAUAAAGAUCAUGCUUCAUUUUCAGCUCAUAAUAGUGCUACUUCAUGGCGCCAGUCACAGCAGCACGGGUCAGGGGUGCACACACCUACAUCUCGUGCAACUUCUUCCAAACAUUUUGAUUCCAAAGGCAAAGCUGUAAGCUCUACUCAUUCCAGCUCCUCUGCUACUGCAGCCCCAAGGCAUACAAGCAAGAUUGAGUGUUUUAAGUGUGGUGGUCAUGGGCAUAAGCAAGCUGAAUGUCCCAAUCGUCGUACGAUUAUUGCCCUUGCUGAUGGUUCAUAUGAUUCACAAAGUGAAGAGGAGGACGAGUUUCACAAUGUCUUUGCAGAUCAUACUCUUGACACUUGUGAGUAUUCAGCUGAGGAUGGUACUUUUGAGCUAGGUCUGAAUUGUUUAGCUAUUCAACCUAUUCUAACUUUUGCUCCCAGUGACAUGAUAGAAGAUGUUAUUUCUCCAUAUUCUAAUGAGAUUACUAGUGCUGAUUUUGAUAAGUUGCUUGCUGAUUUUCCUGAUUUGGAGCCUUCUAAAAUGAAUAGAUCAUCUCCUUAUUUGGUGGUUAGAAGAGUUCUUUCCACUCAGUUUGUUGCUGCUGAACAAGGACAACGUCAUAAUUUGUUUCAGUCCCGAUGCAAAGUGAAAGGUCAAGUGUGUCGUUUCAUCAUAGAUGGUGGGAGCUGCAAUAAUAUUGUUAGUGCCUUGCUUGUUGAGAAGCUUGGCCUACCAACACGCCGCCAUCCACACCCUUACCAUAUGCAGUGGCUGAAUAAUUCAGGAACAGUGAAGGUCUCAUCCAUGGUUCGUUUGUCUUUCUCCAUUGGUGACUAUCAUGGUGAGGUUGAUUGUGAUAUUGUACCCAUGCAAGCAUGCCAUUUGCUGUUGGGUCGUCCAUGGCAGUUUGAUGUGGAUUCGGUGCACUUUGGGCGGUCUAACAAGUAUACUUUCAUCCACAACGACAAGAAGGUGGUUCUUGUUCCAUUAUCUCCAGAAGAGAUCUAUGCUUCAGAUGUGGCUCGCAUGAAAAAAGAAGAAUCUGACAAAAGAAAAUUGAGUGAGGCUGCCAACACUAGUAAGGGAGAGACUUCUAACCAAUCUAGCCACAUAAAGCCUCUUUCCACUACAAAACAACACCACCAAAAUGAGUGCUUAUUUGUGAGCAGGAGUGAUUUGAGAGAAGUGAGGAACACCACAGCCCCAUUCUUUGUGCUCUUGCACAAGGAGGUCCUACUUUCAACUAACGAUUUACCUUCAUCGCUGCCUAGUGCUGUUCUUGAUCUCUUACAGGACUUUGAAGAUGUUUUUCCUGAUGAGGUACCAGCUGGCCUUCCUCCACUCCGUGGUAUUGAGCAUCAAAUCGAUUUGGUACCUGGAGCUUCUCUUCCCAAUCGUCCAGCCUACCGUGCUAAUCCUGAAGAAACCAAAGAAAUUCAGCGACAGGUAAAAGAGCUUUUGGACAAAGGGUAUGUUCGUGAAUCUCUAUCACCUUGUGCUGUUCCAGUACUUUUGGUCCCUAAGAAAGAUGGAUCUUGGCGCAUGUGUGUCGAUUGUCGUGCCAUUAAUGCUAUAACUGUACGAUAUCGCCAUCCCAUUCCUAGGCUUGAUGACAUGUUAGAUGAAUUGAGCGGCUCAACUAUUUUCACCAAGAUUGAUUUACGCAGUGGCUAUCACCAAAUUCGCAUGAAAAUUGGUGAUGAAUGGAAGACAGCAUUUACAACCAAAUUUGGCUUGUAUGAAUGGCUUGUGAUGCCCUUUGGCUUGACAAAUGCUCCUUCAACUUUUAUGCGCUUAAUGAAUCAUGUUUUACGAGCUUUCAUUGGCAAGUUUGUAGUUGUUUAUUUUGAUGAUAUUCUGAUCUAUAGCAAAUCAUUUGAUGAACAUCUUGAUCAUAUCCAUCAAGUACUUGCUGUUUUGAGGGAAGAGAAAUUGUAUGCCAACAUUGCUAAGUGCACAUUUUGCACAGAUCGUGUUGUUUUUCUUGGUUUUGUUGUGACUGCAGAUGGCAUCCAGGUUGAUGAAGAGAAGGUUAAGGCAAUAAAGGAUUGGCCUACUCCUACAAAUGUGAGCCAGAAGGAUGUUCCAUUCAAAUGGGGAGAUGACCAAGAGCAAGCCUUUGUAGAGUUAAAAAGAAAGCUUUGUGAAGCACCACUGCUGCAGCUACCUAACUUCGGUAAGACUUUUGAGAUUGAAUGUGAUGCAAGUGGUAUUGGCAUUGGAGGUGUGCUACUUCAAGAAGGUAAACCUAUUGCCUACUUUUCUGAAAAGUUAAAUGGUCCACAUCUGAAUUAUUCUGUCUAUGAUAAAGAGCUUUAUGCCUUAGUUCGAGUUUUGGAAGUUUGGCAACAUUAUUUGUUACCUAAAGAAUUUGUCAUCCAUUCUGAUCAUGAAGCUUUGAAAUAUUUAAAAAGUCAAGGCAAACUGAAUCGUAGACAUGCUAAAUGGAUCGAGUUCAUAGAAACAUUUCCGUAUGUUGUUAAACAUAAGCGUGUUCUUUUACAGGAAGCACAUGCUGGUGGCUUAGCUGGUCAUUCCACAACAAAUUUUUGUCCAUUUGAAAUUGUUUAUGGUUUUAAGCCACAUACUCCCAUGGAUCUUUUGCCUUUACCAUUACAGGAACAAGUUAACUUGGAUGCAGCGAAGAGAUCCAACUUUAUCAAGAAGCUACAUGAUGAGACAAGAAGAAAUAUUGAGAAGAAAUCAGCACAAUAUGCAAAGCAAGCGAACAAAGGUAAGAAGAAGGUUACAUUUCAGCCCGGUGACCUCGUGUGGUUGCAUCUACGCAAGGAUCGAUUUCCCCAACAACGUAAGAGUAAGUUAUCACCUAGAGGUGAUGGUCCAUUCAAGGUUCUAAAAAAGAUAAAUGAUAAUGCAUACAAAAUUGAGCUGCCACCUGAAUAUUCCAAUGUUAGUCCAACAUUCAAUGUCAAAGACUUGCUUCCAUUUGUUGGUGAGCCUGAGUCGAGGACGACUCCUUCUCAAGAGGGGGAGGCUGAUGAGGACAUCCCUAGCAUUCAUUCAUCUUCAAAUGAAACUCCACUUGAUAUAAGUGGUCCAAUUACAAGAAGUAGAGCUAAACAGUGUUGUAGAAUUAAUGUAGAAAGACUAAUUGAGUCUCCUUGA